AGACAUCACAAAGAAGAGAAAGAAAUCUACCUCCCCUCCCCUCCGGCAUCCCGCUCCCCUUCCCUUCUCCGGCGCGCCGCCAGAUCGGGCCAGAAGAGUCCGUCCGGCACCCUGGGCCCGGCAUCGGCCGCCGCGGCAUACGUGUGAGUUCGGCGGGCGGCUCGGCCGACCGACCGGGAGGCGGGGGGUCCGGCGCCGCGGGAGGGCAGGGGUCCGGCUUCCGGAGCGGCCUUGGAGCGCAGAUCGGCCCGCCCGGCAAGCGGCAAUGCAGCAGGCGCAGCGGACCAAGAGUUCGGCGGAGGUGGACUUCUUCACGGAGUACGGCGACGCCAACCGGUACAAGAUCCAGGAGGUCAUUGGCAAGGGGAGCUAUGGGGUUGUGUGCUCUGCCCUUGAUCUGCAGACCAGGCAGAAAGUGGCCAUCAAGAAGAUACACAAUAUUUUCGAGCAUACCUCCGACGCCGCGCGGAUUCUCCGUGAGAUCAAGCUUCUGAGGCUCUUGCGGCAUCCCGACGUCGUCGAGAUCAAGCACAUUAUGUUGCCUCCCUCCAGAAAGGACUUCAAAGACAUUUAUGUUGUUUUUGAGCUCAUGGAGUCUGAUCUCCACCAAGUUAUUAAGGCCAACGAUGACUUGACAAAAGAGCAUUACCAGUUCUUUCUCUACCAGCUACUCCGAGCCCUCAAAUACAUUCAUACUGCUAGUGUUUACCAUCGUGACCUGAAGCCCAAGAAUAUUUUGGCAAAUUCUAACUGCAAAUUGAAGAUAUGUGAUUUUGGACUAGCACGAGUUGCAUUCAACGACACCCCAACAACUGUCUUCUGGACGGAUUAUGUCGCAACAAGAUGGUAUAGAGCUCCAGAGCUCUGCGGAUCCUUCUUCACAAAGUAUACACCUGCCAUUGACAUCUGGAGCAUUGGGUGUAUUUUUGCUGAGGUGCUGACAGGAAAGCCUUUGUUUCCUGGUAAAAAUGUUGUCCAUCAGUUAGACUUGAUGACUGAUCUUCUAGGCACACCUUCAAUGGAUACAAUUUCUCGGGUCCGAAACGAGAAAGCAAGAAGGUACUUGAGCAGUAUGAGAAAGAAAGACCCGGUCCCAUUUUCUCAGAAGUUUCCUAAUGCAGAUCCUUUGGGAGUAAAACUCUUGGAGAAGCUAUUAGCCUUUGAUCCAAAAGACCGUCCAACUGCGGAAGAGGCAUUGACUGAUCCAUACUUUAGAGGCCUUUCCAAGCCAGAGAGAGAACCAUCCUGUCAGCCAAUCAGAAAAAUGGAGUUUGACUUUGAGCACAGCAGAGUGUCAAAGGAUGAUAUAAGGGAGCUGAUAUUCCAGGAGAUAUUGGAAUAUCAUCCGCAAUUACUGAAGAGCUACGUAGAUGGCACAGAGAGGACAACCUUUCUCUACCCAAGUGCUGUCGAUCAUUUUAAGAAGCAGUUCUCUCAUCUCGAAGAAAGCGAUGGUAGUGGCCCUGUAGUCCCAGCAGAUAGAAAACACGCAUCUCUUCCUAGGUCCACUAUUGUUCACUCGGCUCCAAUUUCCGCGAAGGACACUCGGCCGCUCUUUGGCAAGCCUUGCAGCAAGACUUCCUCGGAGACAGGGAGGUAUGCUGGGAACGGUCGCGGUGCUUCUCAGGCUUCACAUGCGGCACAAGCAGUGGUUUCACGGAGAGCUGCUGGUUCAGCGUUACCUUAUGACGCGGCAAGCAGGCCGACGAUUAGCCCAGGAUGCCCUCCUCAGCAGCAGAUCCCACAAAUGUAUGGGCAAUAUCAGCAUCAAGCACCUGCUGGUGCUGGGAUACCACAGGCCAUGGGGGGCUAUGCCUGUGGUGGGUACACCAAAGGCACAGCGCCGAAUGCUGCUGCUGCUCCAGCCAUGAGAGCACCCCCCUACCGCCACCUUCCGGCGGGGCAGAAGAACGGUCCGCUGGACAGACUGGCGGUGGAGACCACCGACAUAUACACGCGGUCGCUCAACGGCAUCGUCGCCGCCGCCGCAGCAUCGGCUGGCACUGCCAGCGCCCACAGGAAGGUUGGCGCCGUCCCGUUUGGCAUGCCGACGACUUACUAGCGUCUAAGAAGAUGGCAGCGGCGCGUCUCUAGACACUUCGGCCGGAACCGUAGCAACCGGAGGGAGGCAUUGGCCUGAAAUAAGUUGGCGGAUGAGGAUCGUCUGACGACGACGACGACGACGAAGGCAUACAGAAAUAGUAGGUCUGAAAUCCUGUUCCAUGUCGUCUCUAGGCUACAGACAAAAAGACGGAGGGUGGACCGUGGACGGGUGUGGCCAGACGAGCUGUUUAUUUAGGUGGAAAUGAAAAUUAAUUAGCCGGUUAGCGGCCGGCUGGAGACAGGCCAACUCAACACAGAAAUGAAGUUUGUACUGUGCUACUGCUACUAUCCAACAGACUGAUUAAUUAAUUAAAGGGAUGAUGGUCCAUUGAUCAUCAUCAUAUGAUUCA